CUGUGGGCAAGGCGUUUUGGAAGAAGUGCCACUCAGCCGAGGCGUCGCAGCAUGCAAGGCGAACAGUACUAUGCCGAGGGCAGCCAGCCCGUGGCCACGGGCACGGUCGUAGAGCAGCCGGUCGUCCUCUCCGGAACUAUUGUGAAUGUGGAGCAGCCCGCGCCGACGGCGUACGCGGUCCAGCAGCCCGCGAAGAUGCCCGUCGUGAUCGCGGGCGCCCCGCCGCCGACCAUGGUCGUGACGACCGCCACGACCGUCGUCCAGCCCGCGGCGCCGGCCCCGGCCGGCCGCUGGCUCGGCGGCAACGCGUGCGGCUGCUGCGACCCCCCCGGGGGUGGGCCGCUCUGCUGCACCGCGUUCUGCUGCCCCUGCGUCGUGGUCGGCCAGCUCUGGCACCGCAUCGUCGAGCGCGGCGGCGGCGGCACCGUCCUGGGGAUCCUCUGCGGCGUGUCCAUCGCCGCCUACGUCCUCGAGAUAAUUGUGGACGCUAUUUUAGCCCCUAUGCGAGUCGGCUGGAUUUUCCGUUUCCCCGCGGGCUUCGUCUACCUCUACUACAUGCUCAAGAUCCGGGAGGCGGCCGCGAGGGAAGGAGGGUUCCAAGACCACCCCGUGCUCUGCGGGAACGAGUGCUGCGAGACCUACUGGUGCCUGCCCUGCAUCGCAUGCUUCAUCAUGCGCCACGACAUCGCUGCGAAGCAACCUGGCUAUAAUUACCAGGGGUGCGGCAACAUGGCGGGGACGGUGCACGACCUGCCGGCCUAGUCCCUUUUCCUUCCGCCUUUCCCUCGUCUCCCAGGCGACGGUGGGCCCAUAUUGUAAGUAUACUUUUGCUGCA